CCCCAGAAAGCUAAAAUACAAAGGAGAAACACAGAUGUAGUAACUUGAGCAUUUUGUCGUACCAUUACAAAGACAGAAAUCAUUAUCGUUCCUACAAUCUAAACAAAAACUCCGGUCAGCUGAGAAUGACUUGAAGGAGCUGCGCCUGCUAUAAAAAGAUAUUCCUUCUCCCUGUGUGGUGACGCUGCAAGGAUGGUUGACUGGUUCUUGGUGGCCUGUGUGCUGGGAGGUGCCAUGAGUUUUGUGGGUCUCUGUUUCCUGGGUACCUGUGUGUGUGUGCUCCUCUUCCUGGCACUCAUCAGGUUUGUCAUUGUGCCCUUGGACUGUGAUGCUGUGCUGAAGUUUCAUGAGCUCUUUGGCAAGCAGCCAGAGAGCCUGAAGGGGAAGGUGGUGUGGAUCACGGGGGCGUCGAGUGGCAUUGGUGCGGCCCUGGCAGUGCGGCUGGCAAGAGCUGGUGCCAGACUGGCUCUCUCAGCGCGCUCAGUGGAGAAACUCAUCAGUGUGAAGCAGCACUGUCUUGGGACGGGUGGCGUGACAGAGGAGCAGGUUGUGGUGGUGCCCCUGGACUUGGUGCAAUACGACCAGCACCAGGCAGCCUUCAACACUGUGCUGCACCACUUUGGUGAGCUGGAUGUGCUGGUGAAUAAUGCGGGGCGGUCCCAGCGUGGCUGCUGGGAGGAGAUCCACCUGGAUGUGGACAAGGAACUGUUUGAGGUGGACGUGUUCUCCACCAUUGCUCUGAGUCGCCUGGUGUGUAAGUACUUCCUGGAGCAGGGCAGAUGUGGCCACUUUGCCAUCACCUCCAGUGUUGCUGGCAAGUUUGGGGUGCCCAUGUCUGGCUCCUACACUGCUGCCAAGCACGCCUUGCAUGGUUACUUUGAGUGUUUACGCACUGAAAAGCUGGGACGCGGGCUGACCAUCAGCAUGGUAUGCCCAGGACCCGUGGUGUCUGGUCUGGACGAAGCUUGGUUCACUGAGCAGCAAGGAAAGAAACUGAAUGAGAAGCGCACAGGAAAGAUGAUGUCGGCUGAGCGCUGUGCUGAGUUGUUUGCUGUGACAUUAGCCAAUCACCUGCCAGAGACGUGGAUAGCACUACAGCCAGUGCUCCUCAUCAUGUAUAUCUCCCAGUACAUGCCAGGCUUGAGCAAGAGUGUGAUGCAACUCCUGCCUCUCAGCUUUAUCUUGAAGCUCCGAGACGGACGAGCGGAUUUAACUGAGCCUGCCAAGUAAUGGGGAGUAGCAACCCACCCCCAUCCAGCUGCAUCAUACAAGGAGCAGCAGAUGGAGGGACAGUUCUGUGGGAGCUGCUGAUACAAGACUUCACCUUUAACUUUGUCACUGGUGGAGUUUGCAAAUCCUGGUGCAGUCAUAGGCCCAUAUUAAGAAACAAGAAACCAUCUAUAUGACCAAAGGUCAUAUAGAUGAUAAGCUCAAGAGUGUUUCUCCUGUUAAUAAUGUAGAAAUUUUUGUUAAUCUGUCAUUAGAACCAUAAAAGAUGCCCUUAAAAA